CUAAAUAUGAGUCCAUGAAGCUGCCUUCGCUGAAUGUGAGGACCAACUGGCACCCACACUCACACACCACUGGGGUGCUAUGAUAAAAACAUCAGCUGAGUCGAAGGAGAGAGAAUCCGCUGUCUGCAUGAGCUCAAUCUGCGUCUGCCUAGUACGCAAAGACCUCGAGAUGCGAGGGCUCCUUUCAUUCGGGGAGUUGCAUCGCCGUUGUCGGCAACGUCUCGAUCCGCGCUCGCAUUAGAGGGAGGCCAGGGAUUGGCGAGAUCUUGUACUCGCUCAACGCGGUUGAGCAAGAUCUUACAGGGUAGCACCGCAAAAAAAUGGAGGCAUCUACAAGUGGAGUCAAAGAUUACUUAAUUACCGACGAGCCUGUGUUGCUGGAAGAUUCAACCGGAAUCAAGGAUUACUUAAUCACAGACAAGACUGUCUCACCGGAAAAUGGGCGUUCAUCCGAGCAACGUCACUCAUGGUUAGGCCACCUCCAAGGGUACUACGAUUUUUUGCCGACCGAUGCUUCUAAUAUUUAUCCCACAACAAACUCCAGCGAUCUCAAUUCAAGCAAAGAUAGUUCUAUCGUGAAGUCCAGCAAAUGCAGUGCUAUUGUGGAGUCCAGCCAUUCUACCGUGAGGUCUAGCAAAUCGUGGGGCAAUACAGGCUCUGCAACCGAUGCGAGAAUGUCAGAGUUCAUGAAGGAUUGGGUUGAAGACACCAGCUCCAAAGUUGGAAUUCCAGAUCCAGACGACCUCGCAUAUAUUGAAGGUUAUAAGGCACCGAAGAGCGUGAGAUCUAAAAGCCUCUCCGACUUGAACCCGUUCAGAGUAUCGCAUCUGGUCAUCCAAGAAUAUACAUGGAAAAGGGUUAUGGCUAUCACUAGAGAUAAAGAGAUCACAGUUGGGCAUGGAUCAUUUGGUGUUGUGUACAAGGGCACCUUAGAAAACAAAACGCAUGUAGCAGUCAAAAUCCUGGCGGCUACCUCUAAGCAAGGGGAUCUAGAGUUUUAUAAUGAGGUAGAACUUCUCUCGAAGCUGAAUCAUAUAAAUCUGGUGAAGCUUUUGGGGUGCUGUCAAGAAAACCGUAAGCGAGUUCUGGUGUACGAGUACGCUGAGGAAGGAUGCUUAUAUGAAUAUCUUCACGGAGGAAGACCCUCACUCGACUGGAAAACACGAUUACGCAUCGCCUUGGAUUCGGCACGUGGCAUCGAGUAUCUACACUUCGGCUGUACUCCAAGGAUUAUUCACCGUGACAUCAAAAGUAGAAACAUCCUUGUUGCGAAGGGCUCGGUUGCCAAAGUUGCCGACUUCGGUCUAUCGAAACUAACGGGUGAGGGCGACAAUAGUGACCAAAGUGAAUUCAUCACCGAUGUUAAGGGAACUCCUGGUUAUCUGGACCCUGAGUACUGUAGAACGAACACAUUGAACCACAACAGUGACAUCUACAGCUUUGGCGUUGUGCUGUUAGAAAUAGCCACAGGAAAGAAACCAACUGUUGAUGCAGCCCACAUUUCAGAAUGGGUGAAGGCACAAAUGAAGUCUGCUGGUGUGAUCAAGGUUAUUGACCCAAAACUAGGUAAUGAAUACAACAUCAAAUCAGCGAAGACAGUUAUUAAUCUUGCUUUGAGCUGCCUGCAUCAAUGCAGCAAAAACCGCCCAGAUAUCAGGGAAGUAGUUAAAAGGCUUGGUGCUGCUGCGGAUGAGGCUUCCAAAAACCCCAAGAAGAAUAUAUGGUUUAAACGUGCCUAACUGUAGCAAUUUUUGUAUACAAUAUAUAGCUACAAGUCCCCAUUCACCAUUGAGCUUUUGGCAGGCUGAAGAGUCCAAGCAUGUUAAACUCUAGAUACGCUUAUUUACAUGUUGUGCAUGAGUUUGCACUGAUGCUUUUCUAUUACUCUCAACUUGGAGCCUGACACUCAUGCUGCCACCAAUUCCACUUGGAUUCAGUUGUAUAUUGUUAGAUGCAGAUCACGGCAUAUCAGUAUUUGCUGAAACCCAUUAUGUAAACAGUUGUAAAUACAGAAAGCAGCAUUUUUUUGUAUA